CAACCUAGCGUCUAGGCCCAUCUCCUCUCACCUCUCCCUCACUCGGCGGCGGCGACUACUCGUGAGCCUGAGAGACAGAGACAGACUCUCCCUCUCUCGCGAUCGCGGCUCGCAGCAGCAGACCUAGAGCAGAGCAAGAUGAAUCCCGACGGCGCCGGCCGCUCCUCUCCUCUAGAUCCCUGCCCCGACACCCGUCACCCUCAAAUCCUCUUCUCUGGCUCUCCCUAUAUUCUGAAUCUGCAUUCCGAAUCCCGAUGCGUCGGCCGCUCCUUCUCCUAUUCUCCUGAGGCCGACAGCCAUAGCAUCUGGAUUGUCAUCACUUUCAGAGUACUCGUUGCGUGCUGCUGCUGAGCUACCCAGUUCUCAUCAGCUUUCCAACUUCUUCUUGUGGACAUUGGGGGUUCUUUUUUAUUUGUGGCCAAUGGGUAUGGGUUCUUAUUGUGGACAGUGGGGGUUCUUUUGCAUUUGUGAGCAGUGAGUGACUGUCGAUUAUGGAAAUGGACAGCUAAUUUUUUUUUUCAUUUGUGGAAAGCAAAUCAGCGGGUUUUAACGGGUAUAAACGGGUACCCGUUAUCCGUCCCGUACGGGUAAUGUGUACUCGUUACCCGUAUGGGUUUGGGACUUGGGAUAGACUUUACUCUUCAAACGAGAUUGGGUACCCGUUUCAAAUGGAACGGGUAUCCCGUCCGUCCCGUUGUCCACCCCUACAUCCAACUUAAGCUUGAUUCAACCACAGCCAUAUCCAUCAUGAAAAAAUGCGGGCAUGACAGCCACCACUAUGGUCUCCUUGCCCAACAAGUUCAACAUCUGUUGAAUCGUUAUUGGAGGGUUCGAAUUUCCCAUGUACACAGAUAAUGUAAUUUUGCGACUCAUUACUUAACUAGUAAAGAUAAUUGUGUGGA